AUGUCAUUGCAAGUUUUUUUUGGUCAAGACACCUCUAACAUUUUAGUGAUGCUGGAACUAUUACUAAACCCUUUCCGGGAAACCGCCCCUCAGUGUGUAAUCAAUGCUGAUGUGUAUUUGAUGCUUUGUGAAUCAUUUGAAGGCAAUAUAUAAAUGAAAAGCCCCAUUGCCAAGGGAUUAGUAUUACUUGGGGACCUCUAGUCGUUUGUAAUAAUUGCAGAGGUUGUCUGUGAUCUUAAUCCCGUGCGAAUCGGCCAUGUCUGUAAUUUGUAAAGUAAACAUUCCCCCACAACUGACCUACCAUAUUUUGACUAACACCUAGAUCCUGUGAUAAUAUUAGUCCCGUGCGAAUCGGCAUCUCUGUGAUUUGGCGGGCUCAUAUAUCCUUUUUCAAGGUUUUAUCCACCGUUUGUGAAUAAUGGACGCUGUGUUGAAGUGUUUUGAUAUUAUUUUGGGUGUUGGGUCAUAUCCAUACCUGCCAACACUGUCGUUUUGGUCGGGAGUCUCCCGUUUUGCUAUUUCUCAUGGAAACUCUCAGAACAUUUCAGACCCGCGAUCACGUUCGAUGAUCUUUUGUCCGGUUCGCGAUCGCAGGUCUCAAGUGCUGACAUGUACGGUCAUAUAUCAUACAACAUACAACUAUAGGCUAUAAAAACUAUACGCUAAGCUUUGCCAUCAUAUCCGGAAAUAGGUCCGUAAAUUUGAGUAAAAUCACAGGCUUCACUUAUCCCGUGUGAAUGCGCCACAUGAUAGAAAUACAGGGAGGUAGUUUCUAAAUCACACGAUGUCCCCAGAUAAUACUAAUCCCGUGCGAAUAGGGCUAAAGAUAAUAUGAUUUUGUGUGUGUAAGGUUUUGAUUUUGUUUCUGUGGUUUUGAUGUGUUGUAAUAGUGUUGAAAAUAUGUUAUAGGUUUCAUGAAAUGAGGUUUAAGCAAUUUAGAAAAGUGUUCACUAAAAUGAGCAUUUAAAAACUUUUCCUGCCCUUAUAAGAUAACAAAACCCUGUGUGUUUGAACAAUGAUUUCAGGAGCUUGAGCACAAACUCAUCUCUCUGAUGAAGAAAGAGCUGAAGAUCUUCAAGAGUCUACUGAGUCCAGAUUACCCAUCAUGCUCUGAGAGAGAAGAGGAGGAUGAUGAAGAUCAGAUCAGAGUCAGAGAGAUGUUUCUGAAGAUCACACUGAACGUCCUGAAGAAGAUGAAACAGACAGACCUCGCUAACAAACUACAGACCAAACUUGCCCCUGUAUACAUGAAGAAACACAAAUCCAGACUAAAAGAGCAAUUCCAGAGAAUGAAUGAAGGAAUGUCAGCUCAAGGAAGCUCAACACUUGUGAAUGAGAUCUACACAGAGCUGUACAUCACAGAGGGAGGGAGUGAAGACAUCAAUAAUGAACAUGAGGUGAGACAGAUUGAGACAGCAUCCAGAAGAUCAGAGACACAAGAAACACAAAUCAAAUGUAAUGACAUCUUUAAAGUCUCACCUGAACAAACCAAACCCAUCAGACGUGUGCUGACUAAAGGAGUCGCUGGAAUUGGAAAAACAGUCUCUGUGCAGAAGUUCAUUCUGGACUGGGCUGAAGAAAAAACAAAUCAAGAUCUUCACUUGAUAUUUCCACUUCCUUUCAGAGAACUGAAUCUGAUCAAAGAGACAAAUAUCAGUCUGAUGGAUCUUCUUCAUCACUUCUUCACAGAUACAAAAGAACUGAGAUCAACAGACUUUGAGGAUUAUAAAGUUGUGUUUAUCUUUGAUGGUCUGGAUGAGUGUCGUCUUCCUCUAGAUUUCUCAAAGAAUCCCAGUUUGUUUGAUGUCAGAGAAUCAGCGUCAGUGGAUGUGCUGCUGACAAACCUCAUCAAGGGGAAUCUGCUUCCUUCUGCUCUGAUCUGGAUCACCUCUCGACCAGCAGCAGCCAAUCAGAUUCCUCCUGAGUGUGUUGAUCUGAUCACAGAUGUACGAGGAUUCAAUGACCCUCAGAAGGACGAGUAUUUCAGGAAGAGAAUCAAUGAUGAGAGUCUGGCCAACAGAAUCAUCACACACAUGAAAUCAUCCAGAAGUCUGUACAUCAUGUGUCACAUCCCAGUCUUCUGCUGGAUUUCAGCCACUGUUCUCCAGAGAAUGUUGAGUGAAGCAGAGAGUCCAGCACAGAUCCCCAAGACUCUCACUCAGAUGUUCACACACUUCCUGAUGUUUCACAUCAAACUGAAGAGUCAGAAGUAUGAUGGGAAAUGUGAGGUAGAUCUUCAGCAGGCUAGAAAGAGUCUGGAGUCUCUGGGAAAACUGGCUUUUCAACAGCUGGAGAAAGGGAACCUGAUCUUCUAUGAGGAGGAUCUGAGAGAGUGUGACAUUGAUGUCAGAGAAGCGUCAGUGUACUCAGGAGUUUGUACUCAGAUCUUCAGAGAGGAGUUUGGACUGAACCUGGGGAAGGUGUUCAGCUUUGUGCAUCUGAGCGUUCAGGAGUUUCUCGCCGCUUUAUUUGUGUUUCUGUCAUUUCUUCAGCAAACAUCAGAAAACUUCAGCAGAUUGAGAUCAAAUAUGAGUGAUUUACUGAAGAGUGAAGUGGACAAGGCCUUACAGAGUGAGAACGGACACCUGGAUCUUCACCUCAGAUUUCUUCUGGGUCUUUCACUGGAGUCCAGUCAGACAAUCUUACGAGAUCUGAUGACACAGACAGGAAGAAGCUCUGACAGUAAACAGGAAACAGUCGAGUACAUUAAGAUGAAGAUCAGAGAGAAUCUCUCUCCAGAGAAAUCCAUCAAUCUGUUUCACUGUCUGAAUGAACUCAAUGAUCAUUCUCUAGUGCAGGAAGUACAAACAUAUGUGAACAGAGGAGAUGAGUCUCGUCUCUCUGGAGUCCGUCUCUCUCCUGCUCAGUGGUCGGCUCUGGUGUUUGUGUUACUGAACUCAGAAGAGAAGCUGGAUGAGUUUAAUCUGAGUAAAUAUGAUCGAUCACAUGAAUGUCUUCUGAGGCUUCUGCCAGUGAUCAAAGCAUCCAGAACAGCUGAUCUGAGUGACUGUAAUCUGACAGAGGAAAGUUGUUCAUCACUGGCGUCAGUUCUCAGAUCAAACUCCUCAAGUCUGACAGAACUGAACCUGAGUCACAAUAAACUGCAGGAUUCAGGAGUGAAGCUGCUCUCUGAUGGACUGAAGAAUACAAACUGUAAACUGAAGACACUGAAGUAAGA